AACAAAGUUAAAUGAAAGUAAAAUAAAGUAAAAGUAACGGUAAAUGAAAUAAAUACAAACAAAUUGCAGACACUAAAGAGAAAGAGUGAGUGUAAAUAGAAAAUAGAGCAAAUCAAAACAACAAAAAAAAAACAUGAUACCGGUAUAAAUGCAAUAAAAUGCAUAAAUAAAUAUUAAAAUUAGAAAAGAUCUAAAAACAAUAGAUACAUAAAUUAAAAAGAAGGUAUUGGAAUUAAAAAAAAAUCUAUUAAAAUUUAAAAAAUAGCAACAUUUCUAGAUAACAAUGAGUACAACUCAUGUAUAUUUUGCCGAUAUGCCAGUGGCAGCGGCUGUUCGAGAAGGCCAUACACCCCUGGAUGCCUUAAAUGAUGACGCAAUACAUCACAGCCGCAGUAUAUCACCCAAUUGUAGUGGCAAUUCGCCAAUACCUCGUUAUGAACGUAAUAUGGGCUUCUUUCGUCAACUGAGUCGACGUUUUGGUUUGAGGUCAAAUGAUGACCUAGUUUAUACGGCCAGCAAUGAGGAGGACAAUCAAAGUUCAUCGACCGAUUCGUGUUCAUCGCAUACACCACCUUCAUCGGCAAUAGCAUCAGCAGCAUCAUCAACAUCAUCAGCGACAGGCGAUAACAAUAAAAAAGAUACUAAUCUAUUGCUUAACUCUUCUUCUACUGCGGCCUGUGCAGCCAGUGAGUAUGUAUCGUGUGCCUCGAGUGAAACUAGCAGUACAGUUGAUAUUGAUGAACAACUGCAGCAAUUGCAGUUGCAACAACAACAGCGGCAAAGUGCUAAUGAUAAUAAUGAGAAUACUGAUGAAGCUGUAAAACAGCCUAAUGCUUACAAUAAAGAGCGUAAAUCAUUUGCACGUUCUAGUUUUUCGCGCCUUCACCGACGUUCCACCACCUCUUUAAGGCGAGCCUUUGAGGCAUUCUCUCUAUCAUCACGUUCCCUUUCCUGCAGCGGUGUUACACCCCCACCCACUUUACCCACGUCAUCGGCUUCGGCAUCCACCAACAAUGGCACACCCAUUAAAUCUGCUUUGAAAUCAUCCUCUAACCUAGAACUCAAUAAAAAAUCACAAACUUCUUCCUCAGCAGCGACAACUUCAUGUCUUAAGAAAACUUCUUCGUGUUCAGCUUCAUCCUGUUCAGCCUCGGUAACGGGUAAAGCAUCAUCAUCCUCAUCAUCGUCUUCUUCAAAAACCAAAACAAAACCACCGCCACAACGUAUACUACGUCAGCCAGUCUCAUAUACAUAUCUGAAGGGCAUUUCGGGUCUACCAACCCAGAGGGUACCACGUAAUUCGGUAUGUUGUCAGUAUGCCAGACGUUAA